AUGAGUGCGAGUCAAGGGAAGCCGGCCCCUCGGAGCAAUGGUCCCAAGUUUGCAGCAGGAGGUGGCAAUUGGCCUCGCGUGAAGGGUGCUGGAGGACGAACACAAAGUUCAGACUCGGAUACCGAAAGAGAUUGCCGUUCAACGUCCCGUUCAGACCCUUCCUCCCAAUCGCAGACACGUUCUCAAGGACAGAAUGGCUACCGCAGCCCAGGUCGAGUCAGCGCAUCAGCAGAGACUUCACCCGACCCCGCACCGCCUAUACCUUAUUGGUCCGCCAAACGACACCUUACUUGUGGCAAUCCCACUCCCGGUCCCCCAUGGUCUUCAAAAAAUAUAGCCUGGCGAGGGUCUGCACCCGGAAAGCUAAAGACAGCCAACGCUGUCCUCGUCGUCUGUCUCAAUAUCGACGUUGAUCCACCAGACAUCGUGAAGACCAAUCCAUGCGCCGUCCUCGAAUGUUGGGUAGAUCCGCACACAAUGCCCUCACAGAAGGCGCUGGAAGCGAUAGGGUCCAAUCUUCAACAUCAGUUCGAAGGCCUUAGUCUCAAGAUUGCGUAUAAGCCAUUACUCGAUCCUGCCCUCGACGAGCUCCGCAAGUUCUGCACAACUCUGCGUAAGCAAGCGAAAGACGACGCUGUUCUGUUCUACUACAACGGCCACGGCGUCCCCAAGCCCACUUCAAGUGGUGAAUUAUGGUGUUUCAACAAGGGCUACACGCAGUACAUCCCAGUCUCUCUGCAGGAGCUUCAGUCAUGGCUGGGAUCGCCUGGUGUUUAUAUUUGGGAUUGCUCAGCUGCCGGAAAUCUCCUUACAAACUUCAACAUCUAUGCAGAGAGGCGCGACCAUGAAGUUAGGGUUGCAUAUGGCGGUUAUCCCGAAGGCACUCAACCGUUGUUAAACUCCCUUCAGCUGGCAGCUUGCGGAGCGAACGAAACGCUCCCUUCAUGUCCCGAACUUCCUGCUGACCUAUUCACUUCGUGUCUCACAUCGCCUAUCGACAUCGCCCUCCGAUACUUUAUCAUGAACCAUCACCUACCAAACAACAUCACGACCGACAUGAUCAUGCAACUGCCUGGGGACCUCAAAGAUAGACGAACUCCGCUCGGAGAACUCAAUUGGAUUUUCACUGCGAUUACUGACACCAUUGCUUGGACAACAUUCUCUCGCGAAACGUUCACACGCCUCUAUCGCUGCGAUCUACUCAUUGCUUCGCUUUUCCGCAACUUCCUCCUCGCAGAACGAAUCAUGAAGAACUAUCACUGUACGCCUCACACAUGGCCGCCUCUGCCACCUACGAAUACGCACCCAUUGUGGGCGACAUGGGAUUUAGCUGUCGACACCUGCCUUCGCCAAUUACCUCAGCUCCUCAAAAAAUCGUCGACACAUGGCGCAAAUGGCCCAACGAUGGUCAACAUCGGGACGACUCCUGGCCGUAUUGGAUCCACCAACCGAGAGGAUCCUAACUCCUCCGCGAAGAAUGCUGGAGACAAACCUUAUGUCUAUGUGCCUAGUCGGUUCUUUGCAGAUCAGCUAUUAGCAUUCGAGGUGUGGAUAUCGAGAGGAGGUUCAGCACUGACGAAACGCGGCCCAUUAUCGCUACCUCAACAUGCUCUCGGAAAGGCUGACGCUAGUCCCGAGAUGCCUGAAAUAGAUAUCCACGCAGACAGGCACCUGGUACCAAGAAAACCCCCGGACCAACUUCCAAUCGUGUUGCAAGUUUUGCUCUCCCAACCCCAUCGCCUCCGUGCCCUUAUCCUCCUUUCUCAAUUCGUCGAUCUCGGACCAUGGGCAGUCCACCUAGUGCUGACUAUCGGCAUCUUCCCGUACAUCUCCAAACUCCUACAAGCAGCUGGCCAAGAUCUACGUCCCGUCCUCAUCUUCAUUUGGGCUCGUAUCCUCGCCGUCGACUCGUCCGUCCAAACCGAUUUGUACAACACGCAAGGUUACAAAUACUUCUCGAACGUCCUCGGGCUGAAGAACGAAGAUUCCUUGCCGAACGUCUCGGAGCACAAAGCGAUGUGCUCGUUCAUUCUUGCGUCAAUCUCGCGGGACUUCCCGCACGGGCAAUCCGCGUGUUGGUCGGAGCGGGUGUUUGAUAACUGUUAUGAUAGGCUUGAAGAGCACGACUUCUUGUUAAGGCAGUGGACGGCACUGUGCAUUGCCCAGAUGUGGGACGCAAAUGAUGAGAUUAAGGUGUAUGGCGUAGAUCGCGGGACGCAAGACAAACUUAUCGCAAUGCUCUCGGACGACUCUGCAGAGGUCCGGUGUGCAGCUCUCUACGCUCUUGGGACAUUCAUGGGCGCCAGUGGGUCGGCUGAUCCAAACAAGCUUGGAGGUGGAGGGACAGGGACGAUGUAUCAACUCGAGGAGCGUGUGCAUUUCAGGAUGGAAGUAGCCGUGGCAACUGGUGCGACGUUGUCUAUCAAGGACGAUGCGAGCCCGAUGUGCAGAAAGGAGCUGUUGGUGGUGAUUAGUUGCUUAGUUAAGGAGUGGAGGGGAUAUUUCGUAGUUUGCGCAUGGAUUUACUGGGAGGAGGACAGGAGAUGGCGUUCUGGGACAAUGGGCCACCACCAUCACACCGCAUCGGCACACUAUCACGACGAGGACAUCACGAGUGCCGCCGUGGCUGAGUGGCUCGAUGGGUUCGGCGACGACGAGCAGCUUAGAGAGGAGAAUCGUGUUCUACUGUCUUCGUUCUUCACCAUCUUCGUCGUCCUGCUCGACCUCUCCGUGGACCCGUACCAAGAGGUCGCGACAAAUGCGCAGACAAUAGUGGACUACAUCAUGGCCCUCCUCCUCGAGUCCCCAUUCACCCGACUCGAAUCAACCUCUCUCGAUAUACCACCAACAGCACCGAUCGAUCGACGCGGUUCGCCUCACUCGGGAGGUUCGCGUACACGAGUCCAGUCACUUCAAUCUUCGCCUUCAAUGAGCUUCCUCCCUCCCCCAUCACCUGGCGGCGACCGGCCAUCCUUCCCCCGUAGCGAGACAACACUAUCUGGCGCAGCAGCCAACACCGUCAAGCGCACCUCCUCGUUUGCGAAUGCAUUGAAGGUGCUUACGGGCGGUAUCGCCUUCCCAACUUCAGACAACGACGGUCGCUCUUCGCCAAGCCUCGCGAGUGCCUUCCUCGCAGGCCGUGCCUCAGAGAAGAGGGAGGAGGCGCUUGACGUCUCACGACCUCCCUCUCCUAAUAUGAACGUCGCACAGUACGCUUCACCCUACCCCGCGGCGAAGGACAGCGGGUCUGACCGUGGCGGUCCGCCUUCGCCUCGGUCGUCGCAGUCAGAGCCACCCCAGCUCGACUUCCUGCCUUGCCACGUGAUGGAGGCUCUCUUUGAGGAGGACAUGGAGAGACUGAGAGCUCGCAGGAAGGUCGCUGGCCACCCCCGUCGGCAGCACCACUAUCAGUAUGGUCACGGCGGCGACUCGCUCCCCAGCCCAAGCAACAGCACGUUCUCGAUGGACUCUUCGGCUAGCAGUGUCAUCCUCGGGUUGGGAACGGGCGCUGGCAUCCGUGAUGUCCUCCCGCUGAAAAGCAAUUUCUAUGAUUGGUGUGCAGAGUACUUCAAGGAGCCACAGAUGAGGCAAACGGAGGCGGACGAACCUGGAAGUGUACAAUAUAACUACCAAGUUUGGAGACAGAUGCGCAAUGAACAGGUUAUCAAGGAGACCCAAGCCCAGUCUCUUGUCUCAGAGUCCUGCCGAUGGGACCUUCCUGUUGCGAGUGUGUCGAUUCAAGGACAUCCGUUGACUUUGGCAUUCCAUUCGUAUGAUCAACAUCUCAUCGUGGCCAACGAGAGCGACAUGAUUAGUGUUUGGGAUUGGCACCACCGGAAGAGGCUGAAUUACUUCUGCAACGGCAAUGCAAAGGGGUCUAGCAUCACUGCUCUUGAGAUCAUUAACCAGGAUGUCGGUGGCAUAAUUUUGACUGCUGCAGCCGAUGGCAUCAUUCGACUGUACCGCAAUUACGAUCCUUCAUUGGAGCAAGGCCCUCUUCAGAUGGUCAGCGCUUUCCGAGGUCUUAACGAGAUGGUUCAAGUACGACAAGGCAGUGGUCUAGUCAUAGACUGGAAGCAAUCCGCCGGCACGCUUUUGGUUGGAGGCGACGCGCAUGCCAUCAAAGUCUGGGAUGCUCAGACUGAAACAGCUGGACUGGACCUGGACACCAAUUCGAAGAGCCCUGUGACAUCUAUAAUGACAGAUUAUGGCUCGUCGCAAACCUUCGUUGCAAGCUUUGGCGAUGGCGGAGUGAAAGUGUUUGACCGCAGAUUGGACGACGAGGAUGCCAUUGUUAGAGUAUAUAACGACCAUACGUCAUGGGUGCAGAAUGUUCGUUGGCAUCCCAAGACUCACGGGCAAUUCAUCUCCGCAAGCCUCGAUGGUCAAGUGAAGUUGUUCGACAUCCGCGGCUCUGAUCGCGCCAUUACUACAUGGAAUGUUCAUCCUAAUGGUCUUUCUGCCUUUGAUGUCCACCCUCUUGCUGGCGUCUUCGCUGCCACUUCGGCGGUCACUCCCAUCUACUGGAGAGCACAGCGGGUCUCCAUACAAAAUCUGACGACUCCUCUUCCCGCUUACAAUAUUUCUACGGGGUUGAACACCCCUCCGAUACGAGGUCUUCCAUCACCCUUCAUACCCAGAACAACUUCUCUUGUCUUCCAUCCAACAGAAAUGGUGUAUGCUCUGGGUGCACCUGAUGGGACAGUGAGAGUUAUGGGCUGUAAACUCGCGUCAACGUGA